AUGUUGGGUCAGGAGGCGGGGCCGGAGAUCGACCGCUCCUCCUGUAUCUGGCGUAUGAACAACGCCCCGACGCGGGGGUUUGAACACGACGUGGGGCGCCGCACCACCCUCAGGGUCGUCUCUCACACCUCCGUCCCUCUACUGCUGCAGGUGGGGGCUGUUUCUCCUUUUUCUCUAAUUAGUUAUGUCCAACCCACAUAAGACACUGUAUUAAUGAGAAGGGCUUACAGAGAGAGAAAAAAACAUCCAAAAGGACUAAUUCGAGGCAGAAAAAAAAUGUAGGCAAAAAAUAUAUUUAUUUUAGCUCACUUUAAUCCAUUGUUCAGGAUGAGUACAGGUGACUGACGUUUGGACAUCAAGCUGACGUCUUCAUCAGAGUGUUCAUGAUUCAGUGUGUGACUACUGUAAAGGGUAUUUUUUUAUCUUCCUGCCACUGAUUCUGCAGAUAACUUUGAUAUCUAACUGUAAGUCGCUCUGGAUAAGAGUGUCUGCUAAAUUACUCAAAUGUAAAUGUCUUUGGGUUCAUGAAAACGCUAACCCAUUUCUUCUUCUUCUUCUUCUCAUCAGAGGCCUCAGUACUUCUUCGGCCAGGCCAACGACACGGUGUAUGUGGUGUGGGGUCCUCUGAGGAACAUGAGGAAGGAUGGGAAGGGCAUU